AUGAAACAUUUGACAGAAUUUAAAUCUAAUAAAAUGCUGCUUGAAUGCUAACACUCUGUACACUAAUUCUAAGGCAAAUCCUGCAUAAUUUUGCUCUGAACGCCUGCUUGAAUAAUAUGUCAGUGCCUCCUGCUCCUUGCUAAAAGUGUAACAACUACGAUUUUGCUCUCAACUUUUUCCACGUGAGUUUACUGCUGUAAUCACUUGUAACAUGUUUGUUUAAUCAGGUUUGCUGUUUUAAAAUAUUCUAUCCUCUUUCUUGGGGAAAAAAAAAAAGUGUUCUCUAAAGAUUUAUUUUUUUUUUAGUUAGUUAAGGAAAUUUUUUACUAAAGAUGGUCAAUGUCAUGGUGGGUUUUCAUCAUUUAACUUUGAGGGGAUAAAAUCUUGCUAGGCUAAAACUCUAGUCUAGGAAACAAAUAUUAACUAGCUAACUUGCCCCUCAUGUGUUAUGUCUAAAACUAUCUGAGCUUUAGGGAUCAAAAUUUAAAAAGCUGCACUAGGUGAAAACUUUAAGCAAGCUUUAGUUCCAAUUUGGAUUUUAUUAAAGCUGACUAUUGACUGUUUGGUUUUGCUUUAUUCCAAUCAAAAAUAGAUGCAAGGGUCUCUGGUGCACCUUGAUUAGUUCUCUGAUGUUGUACUCGGGGGUUACAUGAAACAGGGGCUCCACUGUAGUCAAGUGUGAUAAAAUGCAUGUAAUCCUUUGUGUAAUCUCACUUUAUGUGGAGGUGAGAGGAGAUGGACAAGGGGGAGAAGGCUUCUGGUCUGUAGAUAAUUAAAUUGGGCACUUUCCCCAGCAGAUAUUUCCUUCCUACAAGUACUGUAACUUUUUAUUACUAAGCUCAUGUGUUCCUUUCCUCAGUCACUGGGUAUGUUGGAUUCAAGUGUUUUCCAAUAUAUCUAGAAAACAUUAUUGGAUGAAAUUAAAUGGUCUGAGUGAACAUUCUUAAAGCCCCUCUACUUACUGUGAUACACAGUAAAUUGCUAAAAGUGACUUAACUUUAAAGAAUAGACAGCAUGAAAUAGGAGCUGUUCAUUUAUUCAUCGUUCAGUCAGUUGCAUUGUUCAUUUUGUACAAAUCCAGUGCAACCUGAUGCCUGACUUAAAAAAAAAGGGUGGGGACGACACAGGGUGAGACAGGAAACUGCCUUCGUUUAGGAGUGUGAGACAGAUCAGUUUAAAUACAGGCUGCAGAUGAAGGUGGCGUUGGAAGUGAUUAUGUAGAGCAACAAUAGUUAAGAAUAGUUCCCAGUGUUGUUAAGGGUGCUUUGAAGGGUGAGCUGAAAUACUUUGUGAGGAACAGAAGUUUAGUAGUUAAGUGAUAAUGCUGAAAAAUGGCAGACCCUUAGUCACCUGGGUUAUUAUCAAAGUUUUAAGUAAGACUCUCCUAUCUAUCAACUAAAUAUGGCUGCAAAUUCCUUUUCACUUCUCAAAUUAUUUGGUUUUUAAGGGGCUGAAUUUUGUCAGAGAGAUUCAAGGAUGAGAAGCCAGAACAGGUAGGAUGCAGAAGUGUAUGGAGUGGUGGUUAAAGCUGAAGAAUAAUGAGACUGGAGGAAGUAGCAAAUUUAUUUUACUUGGCUGGUGAAAUGGAAGGAAUUGCUUAUAUUAAAGUGUACUUGGAGUUGUGGGAUGAUUAGAAAUUAGACUGCAGUCAGGAGAGAAUCCAUGUGGAAGAUGAGGAGAUGCAAGGGCACUGCAAAAGACAAUGAAAUCUGAAAUGCUCCUGAUUUUUAUCAGAGCUUCAUUCAAGAUGAGCAUAAAAUCUGCUCAGGGAGACUAGAUAGGAAGUAAAACCAUGAGCCUGAGGGGAAGAGUCCACACAGUGGAGAAGGAAAUAACCAAUUUGCAGGGAGUAGAGUGUGGCAGAUCGUGCUGUGGAAGCCUGUAGUAGUGAAGGCAGCUGGGAUGUCCCCUGGAUCUGAAGACUGGGAGCACUGGGGCAGUGGAUACGGUUUUGUGAACGCAGGAUAAGGUGUUGCUGAGAUUCAGUCUAAUGGGCUGUUUGUGGAUUUCCCUGAUCAGGAUGUUCUGAUGGAACACUGUGGUUCUUAUGGCGUUGGAGUGUUCCCUUCACAGGACCCAAUUCAGCAAAUGAUGCCUCCUUGGAUUUACAAUGAUAGCUUGGUCCCAGACUUGUAUAAGAAAAUUUUAGAAACCACUUUGACUCCUGCUGGAAUAGAUACAGCUAAACUCUACCCCAUACUGAUGUCGUCUGGAUUGCCCAGAGAGACGCUGGGGCAGAUAUGGGCUUUAGCCAACCGCACGACCCCGGGGAAGCUGACCAAGGAGGAGCUCUACGCUGUCCUGGCGAUGGUAGCAGUCACCCAGAGAGGAAUCCCUGCAGUGAGUCCUGACGUGUUAAACCAGUUUCCAGCUGCCCCCGUUCCUACUUUAACCGGAUUUCCACUGCCGCUGCCUGCGGCAGUGAGCCCGCAGCCCCUGCUGCCCUCCGCGCCGCCGGUCUCCGUGCCUCUCAGCAUCGGGCCGGCCGUGAUGGGGAUGAGCAUCACGGCACCGGCGGGCGGAGCUGCAGGACAGCCUUCCGGAGGCUUCGGGCCGCCCUACCCGCCCAGCCAGGUAGUAAAAGCAGAAGAUGAUGACUUCCAGGAGUUUCAAGAUGCUUCAAAGUCUGGCUCACUGGAUGACUCUUUCACUGAUUUUCAGGGGGAUGUAGCUGGCUCCUCCAAAGCAGCCAGUUCACAGCACCGGAGCAGUGUUCCUUCUUUACUAAUGCCACUCCCAGGUAAUAAGACACUCUCCUCAACUGAUAAGUAUGCUGUGUUUAAAGGAAUUACAGCCGAGAAGCCUUCUGAAAGUACAGCUACUUUUGGAGAUGGUGGAGACAAGUAUAGUGCUUUCCGUGAGUUAGAACAGCCGGCAGAGAGCAAAUACUUAGGAGAUAACCUUGCAGAAUUCAAGCCUGCAGGAACCGAUGAUGGUUUCACAGAUUUUAAAACCGCUGACAGUAUCUCACCACUAGAGCCACCUACAAAAGACAAAACCUUCCCCACAUCCUUCCCUUCUCUGCCCGUUCAGUCAAAGCAGCAAACACAAGCAAAGACCUCUUUGAAUCUAGCAGACUUGGAUCUCUUUUCCUCUACUGGAGAAAACAAGCAGCCAUCCUUUCCACCUGCAUUUAGUACGUCAAAACCGGGCUCCUUUCCUCCACCACCCCUUCCAUCUACCACUGCCCAACCCGCACCCAGCAAAAGUUCCAGCUUAGCUGAUGACUUUGGAGAAUUCAACCUUUUUGGGGAAUUUUCUAAUUGCGCAUCAGCCAGCGGACAAGAUGACUUUGCAGAUUUUAUGGCUUUCAACAACAGCAGUGGAUUUUCCGAACAGAAACCAGAUGACAAAUACAAUGGACUUAAGCUAGAGGCUGGUCCUGUUCCUCAGCCUGGCUCAUCGGUCAGCACGACAAAGAGUGGGCAGAGUUCUGCCACCGCUGCUACGCCCACCAAAUACGACAUCUUCAAACAGCUUUCUCUGGAAGGCUCUGGAGCUGGCUUUGAGGAGGCGAAGGACAACACGCUUUCUUCAGUGAAGAGCGAUGAUGAUUUUGCCGACUUCCACUCUAACAAGUUUUCUUCCAUGUACAACAAUGCAGAUAAGUCCUUGGUGGACAAAGUCGCGGCUUUCAAGCAGGCCAAAGAAGACUCUGCUUCGGUGAAGUCUCUGGAUCUCCCUUCUAUUGGUGGCAGCAGUGUCGGCAAGGAGGAUUCUGAAGAUGCGUUGUCUGUUCAGUUUGACAUGAAACUGGCUGAUGUGGGAGGAGAUCUUAAGCAUGUCAUGUCUGAUAGCUCUUUGGAUCUGCCAACAGUUAGUGGCCAGCAUCCACCAGCAGCAGAUAUAGAUGACUUAAAAUGUGCCCCAUUUGGAAGCUAUAACAGUGGGUCUGCAGUCAGCAGCCUGGCGAGCUAUGACUGGUCCGACAAAGAAGACAUUCAUCAGGGGAAGAAGCUCUCCUCCUUUGUCCAGUCUUCAGGAAGUGGAUCCUCCGCGGCUACUUCUGUUCUUCAGAAGAAGGAGACCUUGUUCGGCAGUUCAGAAAACAUUACCAUGACAACAGUUUCCAAAGUGACAACCUUUUCUAGUGAAGAUGCUUUGCAGGAUGUUUCCUUUGCAGCCUUUGCAAACUUUAAAGACUCUGGACCAAUAUCCAGCGGUCCAAGUGAUGAUGACAUUGGAGACUUUGGUGAUUUUGCAAGACCUUCAUCAGAAGCCCAGGAUGCGGCGGCAGCUGACACGAAUCAAGAGGCAGACUUCCUUGCUAGUGGUAUCUCUUCUGAACUGCGAAGAGAGCCCACGGAUGACUUUGGAGAAUUUCAAAGCGAAAAGCCAAAAAUCAGCAAGUUUGACUUCUUGGUGGCAACUUCCCAAGGCAAGGUGAAAUCUAGUGAAGAAAUGAUCAAGAGUGAACUGGCUACCUUUGACCUGUCUGUUCAAGGGUCUCAUAAGAGGAGCUUAAGCCUAGGUGACCGAGAAAUAAGUCGCUCUUCACCUUUACCAGUUUUGGAACAGCCAUUUAGAGAUCGUUCAAAUACCUUAAGUGAGAAGCUUGCUUUGCCUGUCAUCAGAGACAAAUACAAAGACUUGACUGGGGAAGUUGAGGAAAGUGAAAGGUAUGCGUACGAAUGGCAGAGAUGCUUGGAGAGUGCCCUGCAAGUCAUAAAGAAAGCAAAUGAUACCCUAAAUGGAAUAAGUAGUUCAUCCGUUUGCACUGAAGUUAUCCAGUCUGCCCAAGGCAUGGAAUAUUUACUAGGGGUUGUUGAAGUCUACAGAGUAACAAAGAGAGUUGAACUCGGUAUCAAAGCAACUGCUGUUUGUAGUGAGAAACUCCAGCAGCUGCUGAAGGAUAUCGAUAAAGUGUGGAACAACCUAAUAAGCUUCAUGUCACUUGCUGCUUUAACGCCAGAUGAAAACUCACUGGAUUUCUCUUCUUGUAUGCUGCGUCCAGGGAUUAAAAACGCCCAAGAUCUUGCCUGUGGAGUGUGUCUCCUAAACGUGGAUUCAAGAAGUAAAAAAGAAGAGAAACCUGUGGAAGAGCUUCCUAGAAAAGCCUUUAAUUCGGAAACGGAUAACUUCAAGCUGGCGUAUGGAGGGCACCAGUACCACGCAAGCUGUGCAAAUUUCUGGAUCAACUGCGUGGAGCCAAAACCUCCAGGUCUCAUUUUGCCAGACCUGCUCUGAAGGCGGUUGCACUGAAGGUGGAGUUUCGGGUCUAAUAGUGCAGGACACGUGGGGUAAACGGUGUGGGCAGGAGAAGCGGAAAGGCUCGAGGUGUGGUUACCGGUUGAAAUGUUUUCCUUUGAGUUUUGUACCCUAACGGGUUAAAGCCCCUGUCACGUACAAAUCGCUCGUGAAGAAUUUCACUUGAAACGGCCAGUGGUUCAGAAAUAAGCAGAAAAAAAAUGCAGUGUGGCAAAAAAAAUGCAGCAUUUCAGUCUUUCUCCAGAUGAAAGCGGGUCAGUCUUGGUAACAAACCAGUCUGCUAACUGAGGGCAUAAAUCUCUGAGAGAGGACAGCACCUAGCUGCCAAGAAAAACUGAAAUGCUGGACCGAUUUGCAUAGAAGUGACCACUUAAAUACUUGAAGUACGUAUUUGCAAACAAAUCUUUUCUUUGAUGUUUUUGGUAUAUGGAUCAUGAUGUUUUUCUUUAAAUAUUUGCUGCUGUGCUAUUACAGUGCAGACGCGGCACGAGACACAGUACCUUUCGAGGCAAAAUGAAUUAUUGACUUAGAAGGAAUGAGGCUGCGGAGAGCCGUUGUAUAUUCAUACCUCCACCCUUCUGUAUUGUAAAUUAUACUGUAUUCCUGCGUGUAGCUGGUUAGCACCGGGGAAUAAGGACUUGGAAAAAUGGUUGAAAUUUUCCCUAUUACAUCUCUUUAGUAGAGGCAGCUGGAUUUUAAAACCUGUAGUCUUUGCUACUCUGUUGUAAAUAGAGACAAACUCCUUCCCUGAACUUGCCCUGAACUACAGGUAUGAUUCGUGAUGCUUCACCUGACCCUUUGGUGGUUGUGUGGCUGCAUCACCCUUGAAAACUGGACUCCACUGAUACAGCAUGUCUGCUCCU